AUGACAAAAGUUGAGGUCGAUAUAGACCAGUACGUUCAAUUAAAACUAUGCUUUGAGAUGAAAGAGACAGUUGAGUCUGAGAAAGAGUAUCUGAAGAAAAUAGUCGCUGAGCUCAAGGAAGAGAACACUAAAAUACGAAAGGAAUUGGAUGUUGCUCAACAGAAUAUUAUCGACGAGAAAAUUGCGACUGAGACGGUCAAGAUCGAACUUGAAAGGGUCAGAGGAGAUUUAUAUCGUGUGGAAGGCGAACGAAAUAUUCUUGACUAUGAAGUUGGACUUUUAAAGAGUGACAACGAAGUGUUAAGAGACAAAUGUUUUAAGCUUGAAAGAGAUGCUGUGUCAUCAGUGUCAAGGAUGUGUUUGGUGUGA